GUACUGCUAGUGCUCAUAAGGAUCCUCCUGCUCAGAGCCUCGAGAGCGCAAGUGUCUGCCCUGCUCUCCUAGUGCAGCCGCCGCGAUGUCCUCGACAGCUCGGACUGUGGGCCGGCCGGCCACCGUGCUGGGCGCCAUGGAGAUGGGCUGGCGCAUGGACCGGGCAUCCAGCGAAGCCUGCAUGCAAGCCUUCCUGGAGCGCGGCUACCGCGAGGUGGACACGGCCCACGUAUACGGCGACGGCAAGUCCGAGAGCUUCUUGGGCAGCAUGAACCUGGGGCUAAAGGACAGCAGCAAAGGAGUGAAAAUUGCCACCAAGGCCAAUCCCUGGAAUGGGAAGACCCUCAGUGCCAGCAGUGUCCGGUCCCAGUUGGAGGAGUCCCUGAAGCGGCUUCAAUGCCCCCGAGUGGAUCUGUUCUACCUGCAUUUCCCAGAUAAGAACACCCCCCUGGAGGAGACCCUUGGGGCCUGCAAUGAGCUACACAAGGAGGGUAAGUUUGUAGAGCUGGGCCUCUCUAACUACCCCUCCUGGAGAGUGGCUGAAAUCUGCACCCUCUGCAAGAAAAAUGGCUGGGUUGUCCCCACCGUGUACCAGGGUAUGUAUAACUCCAUCACCAGGCAAGUGGAGAGGGAACUGUUCCCCUGCCUACGUCACUUUGGACUGCGGUUCUAUGCCUUCAACCCUUUGGCUGGUGGUCUCCUGACUGGCAAAUACAAGUAUGAAGACAAGGACAAAGAACAGCCAACAGGCCGAUUCUUUGGGAGACCCGCAUCUGAGAUGUACCAGAAACGCUACUGGAAGGUACUUCACUUUCAAGCCAUUGCUCUUGUGGAAAAAGCCCUGGCAGCAGCUUAUGGGGCCAACCCUCCCAGCAUGACCUCAGCAGCCCUCAGAUGGAUGUACCAUCACUCCCAGCUCCAGAGUGCCCUUGGAGAUGCUGUUAUCCUGGGCAUGACCAGCCUGCAGCAGCUGCAGCAGAACCUGGCAGCAGCAGAGGAGGGCCCACUGGAGCCUGAGGUGGUGAAGGCCUUUGAUGAGGCCUGGAACCUCAUUGCCCAUGACUGUCCCAACUACUUCUGGGAGCUCUAGCCUUGGUGGAGGAGAAAAGCCCCCUCAUGUCCCCAUACUGUCAGCCCCGUCAGCCAGCCUUUGCCUUAACCUGCUGCAACCUGAGCUCAGUGUUUCAGAUUGUUCCUCCUCUCUCAAUCCUUGGUUUUCUAGCCUCCUUCCUGGAGGUGAGGCCUCUGGCCUACUGCCCUAUUGUUCUUACUGUUGGGAAGGGUGAGGCCCAAGGCUAGCUUUGUCCUAUCUUGUGGGAAUAAGAGCCAGUUUUGCACAAGACAGUUGCCUGCAGUGAUGAAUGUGGCUCUUCUGGGGCCUUGGUUGGGUCCUUGGUGGGGAGGGGCAUAGGUUGAAGAUUUCUCUACCUACUCUACUGAUCUCAAUCAGGGAAUCUCACACCUUAUUCAAUGGUCCCCCACCUGCAUACAUUGUAAACUGCUCUAUAAAUUAGUAAUUAUUGUUCAGCUCCCUGUGGCCCAGGUUCUUGAACUGUCCCCUAGGCCAGAGGUGGGGAACCUGUGGCCUCCAGGACAUAGGUAGCCCUCUAGGUCUUUGGGUGGGGCCUUUAGACUGAGUCCAAGUUUUAUAGAACAUUUUCUUAAGGGGAUUUGUUCUGGGAAGUUUGGGUGCAAUCAAAGGGCUGUACAUGUGGCCCGGAGGCUGCUGGUUCCCCACCCUGUUCUAGGCAUCAUCUUUCUCAGAAGAAGCAGGUACCAUAUAAACCUUAAAGUGCUACAGGAAAAUGGCAGUAAUAAUAGCUGACAUUAAUAUUGGGCUUUGCUCAACUUGCAUUUCUUCUAGAAUAUAAACUCCUUGAGGGCAGGGACUGUCUCAUUUUGGGGUUUCACAGGAUCAUAUCGGUACAACUGGAAGGGACCUCAGAAACAUCCAAUGCAGACUCCUUACUUUACUAAUGAGGAAACCAAGGCCUGGGGAGGUAGAGUAAUCAACCCAAAUAAACAACAUAGAUGAGAUUUUUAACUCAGGUGUUCCUCCUACUGAGCCAGAACUCUUUCUGCAUCUAUCAUAGGCCUUGUACAUAGCAGGGGCUUAAUAAAUGCUUAUUGAUGGAUUGUUA